AUGUUAGUCUCAGGAAAGCGACAUGGCGGUGAAGAGAUUAUUAUAGAUGAUAUCCAGUUCUCUGGGGCACGAGUCCCCUCGGACUACUGCCUCCGACUCGGUGUGCCAGUACAGACAGAUCUUCCGGGUAUUGCCAAUAAGACCUAUCUUUGGUUAUCACCAUGGCUAAUUCAACUCGCUUUACGCCAACCUCAUACAUUUACCCGUCAUCACCUGGAUGCCAUGAGACGGAUAAGUGAAAACAUUUUUCAUACUUCAAAUUUCAACCAAGAUAGUCCUGCUCCUGUGUCUCCCUCUCUUACCUUAUCUACGUCGGACGCUUGUAACACAAUUCUUGCUUCCUCUUCACAAACGAACCAGGAAAACAUAUCAUUUACUAACUUGCCCCCUUCUUCGUCGUUACUUAGGCAUUUAUGCACAACCGAACCAUCUCAGACGAUUCCACCUCUUUCAAAUCUUCAACCAACUGCAACCGCUCAACUCCAUAAUUCCGAUUAUGUCUCUACUGAUAGUUCUGUUCUUUUUUCAUCGCUUCAUCCUAAUUUUGGCCUUCAAACCAGUCUUCUAGAUACGGGAGGCUCUCGAAUCGGCCCUAGACUGGAAUUUUAUUCCGAGUUAUUACAUCACAACCCUGACUCCACUUCUGCAGACAACGCGACAAACAUAGCCUCGCCUUACAGCUCCAUAAACACAGGCAAUCAACAUGACCUUUUAUCCCAGCUC